CUGCUUUGACCGGAAGUGGCAGCCGGCUCACAGCUGUCAUGGCCGAAAAGAGGAGCGCUUCGGGGCUUCCACUGCUCUUCCUGUUGAUUUCUGUGGCUCUCUUGCACUUGUUCAUUUGUCCGUUCGCCAAGGUGGAGGAGAGCUUUAACCUACAAGCGGCGCACGACAUUUUGUAUCACAGACUUGACUUUGACAAGUAUGACCACCACGAAUUCCCUGGUGUGGUGCCCCGGACGUUCCUCGGCCCUCUCUUUCUCUCCGCGCUCUCCUCCCCCGUCGUGUUUCUGUCCUCCCUGCUGGAUGCACCGAAGUUCUACACACAGCUGAUAGUCCGAGCAUCCCUGGGGGUUUGUGUUAUUGGUGCACUGUGGCACAUGCAGAGAGAGGUGCGGCGGCAGUUUGGCUCUACAGUCGCAACACUCUUCUGUUUGACAUGCGCUUCGCAGUUUCACCUCAUGUUCUACAGCACCAGGACACUCCCUAAUGUAUUUGCGCUACCCAUAGUUCUUGUCGCAUUUACGUCUUGGAUGGCUCAGAAACACGUCCGCUUCGUCGGCCUGUCUGCUUUGGUCAUCAUCGCGUUCCGCUCAGAGCUCUGCAUCUUCAUGGGUCUCAUGUUGUUGACGUCGCUGCUGAGCAGGAAGCUGGGACUGCUGCGGCUGCUCUACUACGCUGUUCCUGCCGGGAUCUUGUCCGUGGCUCUCACAGUGGUGGUCGACACCUUCUUUUGGAGGAAGCUUCUGUGGCCCGAAGGUCAAGUUUUGUGGUACAACACUUUUCUCAACAAAAGUUUCAACUGGGGAACCUCCCCCUUCUUCUGGUACUUUUACUCUGCCGUGCCCCGCGCCCUGGGCUGCACGCUGCUCUUCGUCCCCCUCGGCCUCCUUGACAGGCGCAUGAGGCUGCUGCUGCUCCCAACAAUAGGCUUCAUCCUCGUCUACUCGCUGCUGCCCCACAAGGAGCUGCGCUUCAUAAUAUACACGUUCCCCGUGCUCAGCCUGGUGGCCGCCCGAGGCUGUUCUUUCAUUUUGUGCAACUACCAGAAAUCCUGGAUGUACAAACUGGGCUCUGCGGUUGUGGUUGGCCAGCUGUUGACCAACGCAGCGUACACCAGCAUCUGUCUCUACGUGUCCCACCACAACUACCCAGGGGGGCGCGGGAUGCAGGAACUACACAGGCUGUUGCCAGCCACUGCAGACGUGUUUGUUCAUAUCGACACCUAUGCUGCUGAAACUGGAGUAUCACGGUUCUUGGAGCAAAACAGAAACUGGAUGUAUGACAAACGGGAGGACAUGGAUCCCACAAAUCCUGGAAUCAGAAUGUACUCACACCUGCUAAUGGAGGCUGACGUUACUAAGAUACAGCUGCUCCAGGACACGCACAGGCCUCUGGCCUUCAUAGACGGUUACAGCAACACAGCCCUCAGCAUGUUUCAGUUCCCUCCGGUCAGUGUGAGACUCGAGAGAAGAACUGUGCUGAUGGAGAGAAAGACUGAGCGAUUUUAACGGGACCGUGGUGUUGGAAUUACGUUUUCCUAGUGACCAGACACUGUGUAACACCAGAUUUCUCACAGGUUAUAAUCCUACGUAGUGAGACAUGAAGGGGGUUUUUCCAGGUGUGAAAGAAGUUUCUUCAUAGUCUGUUACAUUCCACUACAAUCCUCCACAAUGUUAACAUGGAGCAGCGGAACAAUACACGUGUCGUUGCAUCUUUGUUGAUGUUUAACGAGUUACACCAGUUCAAAUGGUUGGCUAUUCGAAUGUUAAGACCGAUACUGGACCUGUAAUGUCGUGAGAAUGGCGAAACAUGAACAAGAUGUUAUCUUCCCAAAAGAGCUUUGUAUCGUUUGCCUCAGAAUGUCAUUUGUAUAUUUUGUUAAUUCCAUUCCAUAGAUAAAUAAAGCUGAAUCUGGCUGCAGAGCAAAAACAAUCAAA